AUGGCCGCCAAUGCGCACGCAACCCCUGCGCCGCCUCUGAAUGUCCAGCGCGGGAAUUAUCUCUGGGUUCUCCAUGAACACACCCCGCGUGGAGAUGAUGAGUUGCGAAUGAAGCGUGGCGAUGUGAUUUUGCUAGAGGAGAUGGAUGAAGAAUUUCAGGAUGGAUGGUGGCUGGGCGAACACCCCGGAACCGGCCAAAAGGGCCUCUUCCCAGCAGGCUUCACUAGAAAGGCGCAUGCCCACGAGGUUCCGACUAGCUAUAGACUUCCCAGCUCGCUGGAGCACAUCCAGACCGACCCCGCACCCCCAGGGGUAAUUGCAUCCGAACACACGGAGUCACCCACGGAGAUGGAGCCAUCCACUCCCGUUGAUACGUCUUUCAAUUCUAUUGGAAGCGAGCAAACAACACCUCAGGCAUCGCGACACGCCAGCACCUCCGAGGUUCUGGGCUCUCCCCAGCAACAACGCUCUGCUUCGUCUCCGCUACCGCGCCCAAGCCUAGCCGCAAACAUUCAAGAUGCUUUUCGCAGGUCCAUUGAUAGCCAUACGAAUGGUGAGGAUAGCCCUGUGAUGAAUGAGACAUUGAGUGUUAUCGACGAGCACAUCACGGACAUGAACACCCCUCGUCAUAGUGUGUCCACGCAAGAGGCAAAGACGAUCAAUGAUUCGGGAAGCGAAUACAGCAGUCACCUGAGCCAUCGUAUUUCCUACAUCAAUGGCAACGAGACAGACGAAGAAGAAAACACACAGCCAACAGUUGAUGAAGUUCGCUGUUGGACCCCCGCCGAGACAUCAAAGCAUCUGCGUGAACUUGGGGUAGAUCCCAGCCAUUGCGAUAUUUUCGAAAGGGAGGAAAUUACUGGUGAUGUGAUUCUUGAGAUGGAUCAGGAUACCAUUUUCAUGAAACACUUUGAUCUUGGUGUCAUGGGCAAGCGACUCAAGACCUGGCACAAGAUCAAGGCAUUCCAAGAGGAAGUGAAGGGCAUCAAGCCCCAGACACAACAACCUGCGAGGGGCUCAAUUUCUAGCUAUGCGGGUCCUGCAGUCCCCGAAGAGCGCUCACUGUCUCGCGCAGGUCAUACUGGUCCAUUCCUGCCCAGAAUCCCAUCUGUCUCUGAAAGAACUGGCUCAGGCUAUGUGCCUCGGAUUUCCACCCUUCCUGGACAACAUCCAAGGCUAGCUAGCAACGGCAGCUCUCCCAUGACCCCCAUGACGCCUCAAUUCGGCAAUGACUCUCCAAGAAGAGUGUCAGCAGCUUCGAUCCGUGACUACAAUCGGCGACACUCUUCUAUCGAUGCCACCACCCGUGGUAUGCCUGAUUUUGCUACAAAUGGCAGCCACCAGAAAAAGCCUUCUUUCGAUCGAUCGUGGACGCUCAACAGUGGACCUCAACCGUUGCCUGCUCGCCCGGGAACAUCCAUUGGGAAUUCAGCUUACCGCGGACCGCAAGUCACCGGGUCGGAACCUAACACUCCAGAGCAGUACGACGAUCUUGAGCGAGGGUACUUUUCUGGAACCGAGGUGGACUCGCGCCGGUCUCGACGCCUUUUGCAGAAGCGAACCUCCACCGGGGGUAGCAUCAGCCAUUCUCGAAAGUCAAGCUACGCGGAAGACCCCUACCGAAUCAGAAGUGCAGGCCAGCGCCAAUCUCGGAUUGCCAGUAUCGAUUCUAUGCGCGAUGCAGCCCCCCAUGUCUCGCCUGCUGCCCAGGCUUAUCAUGGAACCCCACCUAAGAGUCGAUUCAGGAGCAUGAGUACUCGGGUCUCCACUCGAAGCGGGAACGAGUCGCAGUCUUCUAACCCCGAAGGCAAGUCUGGAUUCUUCUCGAGCUUUGGGCCUUUGAUCAGAACCAAGAACGACUCCAAGGCCGACAACAAGGCCGACGUGAGGGAUAUCAAGGCGGAUACCAAGGCAGAGGGCAAUGUUCGCUCUUCAACUAUGCCCUUCCAGCUGCCAAAGAUGGGCGGUGCCGGACCCAAGAUUCGAAAAGCAGUCGGCCUACGUACCAUCUCUGAUGUUGUUGCCAAAGGUGGUAGUGACAAUUCCGCUCCGGUCUCGCCUCGCGAUUACGAUCCCAUGUCUGGUCGUACUGGAUCUACUACUCCAUCUGCCACGUCCAAGAGCUCUGAACGCCACAGUACAGAUGGCUCUGGCAAGGCCGUUGAUGGUGCCGGGUUUGUCGUUCGGCCGCGGACUGUCAAGUCCAAGAAGGACACUAGCGCCUACACUCGUGGUUUGGAGAAGAAGUCUCCCAGAGAGCAGAUAGACGGCUGCGACUAUAGUGGUUGGAUGAAGAAACGGUCGUCCAAUUUGAUGACCACAUGGAAGCCCCGGCUGUUUGUCCUACGCGGUCGCCGUCUGUCCUACUACUACUCCGAAGAAGACACGGAAGAGAGAGGUCUGAUCGAUAUUACCGCUCAUCGUGUGCUGCGGGCCGACAAUGACCCCAUCAUCGCUCUGCACGCAACAGUCACUGGCUCCACCGCACAGCCCGCCAACGCCAACGCCAGUGCUACCGACAAGCUCACCACGCCCGCCGUCCUUGCUUCGCUCGCGAGCAAGGAAGGCAACGGUCCAUUCUUCUUCAAACUGGUGCCUCCGAAAUCGAACAACUCGCGUACCGUGCAGUUCACCAAGCCGACCACCCACUACUUCCAGGUCGACAGCGUUCAGGAAGGCCGUCUUUGGAUGGCCGCCUUAAUGAAAGCGACCAUCGAACGUGACCUGUCUGGAAAGGUGGAAACUUCAAACAAGCAAAAGACCAUCAGUCUCAAACAGGCUCGCCUGAUGCAAACACGCCCGCCGGCGCUGAUGAGUCUUCCAACCGGCUCGGAGCAACCGGGUCAAUUGCUGGAGGAAGAUGAAGAUGACAAGGGCCUUCGGAUUGAUGGUCUGAACCUGGCUAAAUUGCCCUCCUCGGCUGCCAAUUCGUACACCGACACGGGAAAUGAACAAUUGGAGAACGAGACUGAGGGCACAAAUGAUCACCAGCCAAAUCCACUCGGUGAAAUCGAGGUUGGAAACUCACCUCUCCUCCCCGAUCCGCUGGCCAAGUCCGAAUCGAAGUAA